AUGGUUGACGAGCGGGUGGAGGAGCUCGAGUUGUACAGCUUGGGACUAUGCGCGGUGCCGGCUGAGGUUUGGCGUCUGAGUGCGUUGAGGAAGUUGAACCUCCGCGGCAAUCAGCUGACGAGCGUGCCCGCGGAGAUCUGGCAGCUCACGUCGCUGGAGAGGUUAGACCUCAACAAUAAUCAGCUGACGAGCGUGCCGGAGGAGAUCGGGCUGCUCACGUCGCUGAGGGAGUUGGUCCUCUACGGCAAUCAGCUGACGAGGUUGCCGGCAAAGAUCUGGCAGCUCACGUCGCUGAGGAAGUUGUUCCUCGACCAAAAUCAGCUGACGAGGUUGCCGGCAAAGAUUGGGCAGCUCAGGUCGCUGAAGGAGUUGUCGCUCUACCACAACGGGCUGACGAGGUUGCCGGCAAAGAUCGGGAAGCUCACGUCGCUGAAGACAUUGCACCUCAGCCGCAAUCAGCUGACGAGUGUGCCGGCGGAGAUCAGGCAGCUCACAUCGCUGCAGGAGUUGAGCCUCGGCGGCAAUCUGCUCACGAGCGUGCCGGCGGAGAUUGGGCAGCUCACGUCGCUGAGGGUGUUGUACUUAUUCGACAAUAAGCUGACGAGCGUGCCGGCGGAGAUCGAGCAGCUUACGUCGCUGAAGGAGUUAUGGCUCUUCAACAAUAAGCUGACGAGCUUGCCGGCUGCGAUACGCGAGCUCAGAGCGAUGGGCUGCAAUGUGGAUCUGGAUGACAACGUGACAGUGGACGAGUGA